AUGACUACUACUGUUCCAAUGCCAACUAAUUUUCGUGAAUUCUAUUCUAUUAUUAAUGAUAACAAGACGCUUCCUAUGUUUGUACGUGAACAAAAACUUGUAUUAGAAAGUGAAGAUCAUCAAUGUCCGAAAUGUGGAUCGGAAAUGAGAGACGGUAAACAUCAAAAGACUUUAAAGGAUGAAAUUAUAUGGUUAUGGUGUUUUAAUAUAACAUCGAAGACAAUACCAUGGACCGUCGGAUGUUCAGAAGCAACUACCGUUGAUUGGUGCAAUUUUUUAAGAGAAGUUUGCACAGAAAAAAUGAACGUGGCUGAACAAAUGGGUGGUAUUGGUGAAGUGGUGCAGAUUGAUGAAUCACUGUUUCGGGGUAAACGUAAGUAUAAUCGUGGAAGGUUACUACUCGGUAAUGUUAAUAAGAAGAAGGACAACAACAACAACACGAGCGGAUUAGUACCAUACGAAUCCAGUAGUAACAGCGAUAGUAGUAGUAGCAGUGAUGACAAUCAGCCCACAAAUAACCGAAACUAUGGCAAACGAAUAGACGGUCCAUGGAUAUUUGGAAUUGCUCAACCAACAGAAAAUGGAUAUGAAGUUCGGUUUUUCCAUGUACAACGUCGUGAUCGUGCAACAUUAGUUCCGAUUAUACUCAAGCAUGUUGUACCUGGAACAACCGUAUGGUCCGAUGAAUGGAGUGCAUAUAAAAACUUACAAAAGCAGUAUGGGUAUGAUCAUCAAACAGUCAACCACAGUCAAAAUUUUGUUGACCCGCACACUGGCUGUCACACACAAUUAAUCGAAUGCUUGUGGGGUCAAGCGAAAACAAAAAUUUUGAGAGCCAUGCGCGGUUCAACGUUACUCGAUAAUCAUUUAAACGAAUUUUGGUAUCGCUCAGUGCACAAGGACAUGUUUUCAUCGAUAUUAGCAGACAUUCGUCGUUUUCGUAUGUAA